AUGCAAACAGCUCCUUUAAGCUUCUGCGCAUGCGCGUCUCCAGCUCCUUCAAUAUCCGCCACUCGAAGAGCACCCGUGAGCACGAUGAUGAAGAUGCUGCUCGUGUUGGUGGUCCUGGCUCUGUUUGGGCUGGGCUCAGGAGAAGAGGGAGCUCGUCUGCUGGCCUCUAAAUCCCUGCUGAACCGCUAUGCUGUGGAGGGCCGUGACCUCACGCUGCAGUACAACAUCUACAAUGUGGGCUCCAGUGCCGCUCUGGAGGUGGAGCUGUCGGAUGAUUCUUUUCCCCCUGAAGACUUUGGAAUCGUUUCAGGAAUGUUGAAUGUCAAAUGGGAUAGGAUUGCACCAGCAAGCAACGUCUCCCACACAGUGGUGCUGCGCCCCCUGAAGGCUGGUUACUUCAACUUCACCUCUGCCUCUGUCAGCUACCUGGCCCAGGAGGGAGGACAAGUGGUGGUCGGCUACACCAGCGCCCCCGGACAGGGAGGCAUCCUGGCUCAGCGGGAGUUCGACCGACGCUUCUCCCCACACUACAUGGACUGGGCUGCGUUCGGCGUGAUGACUCUGCCCUCCAUCGGCAUCCCUCUGCUCCUCUGGUACUCCAGCAAGAGGAAGUAUGACUCGCCAAAAGCCAAGAAGAACUGAAAAAGCACGGUUGGGGGUGGGGGUGGGGGGUGGGGGCACAGGAUCUCUGAAUAGCUUAACCCAUAUUGGGGUUGAAAGAAAGUACAGUGACCAAGAAACGUGAUUUGUGAUUUGAUCAAACGAGGGGCGUCAUUAAGAGAACUUUGGAUCAGGACGUAGAACAAGGUGAACCGUUUAGUGUGGUUGCCUAACCAUGAGCACGUACAUGAGUGCUUUCUGUUCUCAUUUUCAGCUGAUCGCUAUUCCUUCAGAUUUGCAAACUGGUUCAUGUGGCAGAACAAUUACAAUGGCAGUUACUACUGUAACAGGUUUUUGUAAUUUUGUAAUUGUGUACAUAUUGAACUGAAUUCAGAUUUGAAGUUUAUAGCCAGUUAUUGAACUUCAAGAUAAAUUAAUAAAAACAAGCUUCUUUUUUUUUUUCUAAC